ACAAACUAUGAAAAGAAAAAAUCAAAUCACUUUGAAACAUUUUUCUCUUCCUCACACAUCUCACUCACUCACUUGAUUCUCAACAACUAACAGUUUCCGAUUUCGUUGUAACCCUAAAAUUAGGCAAAACGGCGAAAUGGGAUAAGAGAGAGGAGGAGAAUAUGGCGUCGCAGAUUCUCCCAUUCUCAUACCUUCCGCCCCCUAAAUCUCCACCACUCGCGAAGCAAGCCAUGUACAAGCCUCUCCUCUCCCGCGCCUCCAGCUUCAACGGCUCCGCUCUCGCCACCAAUGGUGGUGGUGGCUUAACUGCUUGGUAUCACAACAAACGGCGACGUUCCAACAGCGAUAAUAACUGCCUCUCCGCGCUUCCCGAUCGUACUAACGGAACCGACGGCGGUGAUGAUAGCACUAUCGCUCAGGAUGUUAGCCACGCCGCUGCCGAGACCUUCUUGUUGACUCGUCUGUGCUUGAAGCUCCUGAGCUAUCUUGGGGUAGGAUAUAGAUGGAUCACAAGGUUUAUGGCUCUUGGUUGCUAUGCUUUCUUGCUUAUGCCAGGCUUUCUUCAAGUCGGAUAUUACUAUUUCUUCUGA